GGGGAGAGGGGUCCCAGUGGAGGAGGAGGAGCAGGGGGAGGGCAGCAGACAGAGGCCGGCAGCCUUUGAAGAAGGAGCAGCCGCGUCCCCAGGGCUGGGGUCAGGCCAGGUCGCCGGGCCGGCGGCGUGAGUGGCUCUGCCCUCCUGAGGAGAAGUUCCAGCAAACGGGGCCUGGAGAACCUCGUGAGGCUCACAACUCAGCGGAGCGCGGAAGAUGAGGAGGAGGCCGCCCGCGAGCGUCGCCGCCGGGCGAGGGACAGGGAGCUUCGGGCCCAGGACGAGGACGGUGGCCAGUCCCCCGAGCCGCCGGAGCAGGAGAGCCUCCUCAGCCUGAAGCCCUCGGAGGCCCCUGAACUGGAUGAGGACGAGGGUUUCAGCGACUGGUCCCAGAAGCCAGAGCCACAGCGGCAGCCCUGGGAGGCCGGGGGGGCCUCCAACAGCGGGGAGCCCCCUCGGAGCGAGAGUCCGGAGGGGCAGCAGGAGGAGAACAGGGCCCCUGGGCCCCAUCCAGACCAGCUGCGGCCCGGCCAGGGUGUUGCCACAUCAGCACACAUCUGCAGCCCACUUACGUAAUGGAGGCUCUGCGCCCCUGCCGCCCGCCCGCCCCUUCCUCCCUCGGGGCUGGCUGAUCUCCAUUCCCACGGAGGGGAGCAGGCCCCAGGCCGCAGCUGUUCCCAACAGCAGGGGGCACUUUGGCUCUUCUGUUGAACCCUCCUGCUCUGCUCACAGGCCCCAUCAGCAUGCCUACGGGAGCCAGGGUGGUGAUGAGCAGAGUCCAGCCAGAGUCAGCCUGGAGGAGUUGCAUCUGAGCCCCAGCUCAGAGCUCCAGGACGGGCCAGGAACAGAGGAGACAGAGCCCAAGAGCCCAGAGGGGACCGUCCAGGGCAGCCUGGGGCCGGCAGAAGCCCAAGAGUCAGACGAGCAGCACCAGAAACGCCAGCAGCCCAGGACGCCCAGCCCCCUGGUCUUGGAGGGUGCUACCGAACAGGGCUCACCUCCCCUGAGCCCCAGCACCAAACUCAUCGACAGAACCGAGUCCCUGAACCGCUCCAUCAGGAAGAGUAACAGUGUGAAGAAGUCCCAACCACCCUUGCCCAUCUCCAAGAUUGAUGAGCGACUGGAGCAGUACACACAGGCCAUUGAGACUGCUGGCCGGACCCCCAAGCUAACCCGCCAGCCCUCCAUUGAGCUGCCCAGCAUGGCCGUGGCGAGCACCAAGAGCCGGUGGGAGACAGGAGAAGUGCAGGCUCAGUCCACUGCCAAGACCCCCUCUUGCAAGGACAUCGUAGCUGGAGACAUGAGCAAGAAAAGCCUCUGGGAGCAAAAAGGAGGCUCCAAGACGUCAUCGACAAUUAAGCAGAGCACUCCGUCUGGAAAGAGGUACAAGUUUGUGGCCACCGGACAUGGGAAGUAUGAGAAGGUGCUUGUGGACGAGGGCUCGGUGCCCUAGGCUGCCCUUCUUGCUUUCCUGAGACUGCAGACGGCUCGGGCAGCACCCUCUGCCCUCGCAGGGGCGAGUCCAGCCAGACGCCCACCCCGGCCCUGCCAUGGGAGCCGCUGCCGUUGCCUGCCUGGCCUGCCCGCGCCCGGCCAACACCCACCACCAUCGCCGUCUCUCUACUCCUCGACCCCCCGACCGCUCUCCCCUCCCGCUCUCUGACCCCCACUCUACCUCUCACAGCAGGGGCAGGAAAGGGACUCUCACUGGUGAUUGACCAAAGGGGCCACCCCCGCAUAGACCAAGAGUCCCCGAGGAAGGCCCAGCCUGGGCAGAGAGAGGACACGUGCUGGGGGACCUCCAGGUCGAGAGACACCAGCGCCUGCACUACAUUCUCAGGCCCUGCCCCCUCCCUGCUCCCGGCUUGCAGCCUUGUCCUCCGUGUGCAAUAAAGCUCCUUGUGUGUUCCAA